AGCUGUCCCCCUGCACCUAUCCGUCAUAUUACAGCGAUAAGACUGAGACAUUGUUCUUCUUCCUCUUGCAUCUUUUUGCGUGCGUUCAAGGUUUUUCACGGUGACACUCUUCAUUCUUCAGCACCCCGGUGACCCUUCGGCAGGCCGCUGAAGCAAGAAAAUGCUAUUAAACCCUUGUACUUUCCCAAAUACACCUUACUAUCUUCCCGCUUCCUUUCUCCAUUCACAUGACUGCGGGCUCGCUUUCUCUUCCAUUAGCCGUCGCCCUCUCCGUUCCCGGAAAUAUUCGUUUCCUUUGCUGUCUCUGCUUCUCCCGAGGAACGCCCGGAAGACAUCCUCUGUCAGAGCUUUAGCUGAACCUGAAGUUUCAGGGUCGGCGGCGGCUAACUCCAGUGGGGGAACGGACUAUGUUCCUAAACCAUACUCCGUCAAAAUUCCCGUCGGCGAUAGACAUAUCUUAGUCGAGACUGGUCAUAUUGGGAGACAAGCUAGUGGAGCUGUUACAGUAACGGAUGGAGAAACUAUUGUCUACACAAAUGUUUGCUUAGCUGAUGUUCCAAGUGAAAUUUCUGAUUUUUUCCCACUUUUUGUAAAUUAUCAAGAGCGUUUCUCAGCAGCAGGACGGACUAGUGGAGGGUUCUUCAAGCGUGAAGGGAGGACAAAAGAUCAUGAGGUCCAAAUCUGUAGACUGAUUGAUAGGCCUCUGCGUCCAACUAUGCCCAAGGGCUUCUACCAUGAAACUCAGAUACUAUCUUGGGUUUUGAGCUAUGAUGGUUUGCACUGUCCUGAUUCUUUGGCUGUAACAGCAGCUGGAAUAGCAGUAGCUCUUUCGGAAGUGCCAAAUUCAAAGACCAUUGCUGGAGUCCGAAUCGGUAUGGUUGGUGAUAACUUUAUUGUAAAUCCAACAACAAAGGAGAUGGAAGACUCAGAGUUGGAUUUGUUUCUAGCUGGCACAGAUAAUGCAAUAUUGAUGAUAGAGGGUUAUUGUAAUUUUCUCUCUGAAGAUAAGUUGCUGAGAGCGGUAGAAGUUGGGCAGGAUGCAGUACGGGCAAUUUGCAGUGAGGUGGAGACGUUAGUUAAGAAGUGUGGGAAACCAAAAAUGAUUGAUGCAAUCAAGUUACCUCCUCCUGAGCUAUAUAGGCACGUUGAAGAUGUGGUUGGUGAUGAACUGGUGAAAGCAUUACAAAUUAGGAACAAGAUACCAAGAAGAAAGGCUCUCUUAUCUUUGGAAGAGAAAGUAUUAAUUAUACUUACAGAAAAGGGAUAUGUCAGUCAGGAGGAAGGUUUAGUAUCAACUGAGACACUGCCAGAAUUAUUGGAGGGUGAAGAGGAAGAUGAGGAAGUGGUUGUGGAUGGUGAAGUAGACGAAGGUGAUGUUCACAUAAAGAGAAAUUUACGGAAACCCACUGCUUUGUUGUUUUCUGAGGUUGAUGUAAAGCUGGUAUUUAAAGAAGUCGCAUCCAAAUUCCUGCGGAGGCGCAUUGUGGAGGGAGGGAAAAGAAGCGAUGGCCGAACCUCAACUGGGAUACGCUUGAUAAACUCGCAGUGUGGACUGCUUCCUAGAGCACAUGGAAGUGCUCUUUUCACACGUGGGGAAACACAGUCAUUAGCAGUGGUUACGCUUGGUGACAAACAGAUGGCACAGAGAAUUGACAACUUAGUGGAUGUGGAUGAAUUUAAAAGAUUCUAUCUUCAGUACACUUUUCCACCAUCAUGUGUUGGGGAAGUUGGAAGGAUGGGAGCACCUACCAGGAGGGAAAUUGGUCACGGAAUGCUUGCAGAGAGAGCUCUUGAACCUAUUUUGCCUUCUGAAGAUGAUUUCCCUUACACCAUCCGUGUUGAGAGUACCAUCACUGAAAGCAAUGGCUCUUCAAGUAUGGCAUCGGUUUGUGGGGGUUGCUUAGCAUUGCAAGAUGCCGGUGUCCCAGUAAAGAGCCCCAUUGCUGGUAUAGCAAUGGGUAUGGUUAUGGAAACACAAGAAUUUGGGGGAGAUGGGACCCCACUUGUUCUGUCUGACAUAACUGGAUCCGAGGAUGCAUCUGGAGAUAUGGAUUUUAAGGUUGCUGGAAGUGAAUUUGGUAUUACUGCAUUUCAGAUGGACAUAAAGGUAGGUGGAAUAACAUUAGCUAUAAUGAAGCAGGCACUCGAGCAGGCGAAAGAUGGCCGAAAGCAUAUACUUGCUGAGAUGUUGAAAUGCACACCUCCCCCUUCAAAAAAGCUUUCAAAGUACGCUCCAUUGAUUCACGUGAUGAAGGUCCAACCAGAUAAAAUUAAUAUGAUUAUUGGUUCAGGUGGGAAAAAAGUAAAAAGUAUUAUUGAGGAAACUGGGGUUGAAGCUAUUGCUACGGAAGAUGAUGGAAUAGUGAAAAUCACUGCUAAGGACUUGUCGAGCUUAGAGAAGUCUAAAGCUAUUAUUAGCAAGCUGACAAUGAUUCCUGUAGUUGGCAAUAUAUACAGGAACUGUGAGAUCAAAUCAGUAGCUCCUUAUGGAGCUUUUGUUGAGAUAACACCAGGAUGUGAGGGACUUUGUCAUAUUACUGAGUUGAGUUCAAAUUGGCUGGCAAAGGCAGAAGAUGCUUUCAAAGUUGGGGACCGGAUAGAUGUCAAACUCAUUGAGAUAAAUGAAAAGGGUCAACUGCGCCUUAGCCACCGAGCACUACUUCCUGACCCAGUUCCACAGAAAUCUAGUGCAAAGCAGCGUUCAAGUAGCUCCACUAAGGAAAGUGCAACUUUGCAAAAAGGUCUUGAUGAGGAUACAACUAAAAAGGCAAGUGAGCAAAAGGAUGGUUUGGCUGAAGGGAAAGUUGAACAACUGAAGGAUAAUAGCAGGCCACAGAAGCUUAUUAAGAGAUUAGUCAGCUCUUCUAAAGAGGGACCCUGCAUCCAGAAAGAUGGGCCAAAGAAGAGCAGAAAAUCCGUUAGUGGUGCUUCUAGCAAAGAUGGAAGCAGUUUGGUAAACGGAGGGGCGAACAUUGGGUAGCAUGUUCAGCCACUGACUUGGCAGUCUUGGUUGGUCCUUAUUUCCUUAGCGAGAAUGAUGGUGGAUGAUUCUCGACUCUUGAUGGGGAACAAAGGAGGAGGAACCUUAUGAAGCGCUUCUAUUUCAUUGUGUUUUUUCUCCUGGAAAGGCAGGCUUAGGAGUUGCUGAUUCUGCAAGGCAAUGAUGCUUGAUCACAAACUCUCACUUUUGCCUCACAGAAAAUUGCUUUAUGAGAUGCUGAGAAGUUGUGUUUCAUCAAUGGUUGCUGCGGCAAAUGGUUGUAGUCGGUAUGUCAAGAAAAUGAUGACAGCUUUUGAAAAUCUCAUGAGUUCUAUGCUGCUAUUGUGUCCAGAUUCAGCCCCUUGGACAUCGAAAUAAUACACCACCCCCCCCCCCCCCUCUCCCCCCGCGCCCCUUUGUCGCCCUGAGUCUAUUUUGUCAACCCCUGCUCUUUCCCUCUUUUAUUAGAGUUCAUUGAAAAUGCGAGGGGCGACCUUUUGGUGGAAACCUUUUUUUUUCUAUAAAUUUGUAAUUUACAACGAGGCACUAGUUUAUUUUACUCUUUUAAAUAACUACCUUCUAAUUAUGUCGUAAAUGGAAUUUCUUUGUGCUUGGUCGUUCCCAGCAGCUAUA